GUUAUGAAAUAAAGAAGAUUUUGAAGCAAAUUUGAUGAAGAUUUAACAACAACCUGAUUACACUGAAUAACAAGUUAAACUAGAACUAACACUAUCACUAGAACUAACACUAGACUUAGAACUAGAACUAAGAAACUUUUUAGUUUAGUCUCAAAAGUAAAGAAUAUUAAUAGAACAUGAAUAUAUUAAACUCGUUAUCCCCAAAACCUUAUUACAUCCUGAAAUGAAGAAUAUAUAGUGUUGAAUCGUCCAGGUGGGAAAUACUGGUAGUCGUUGUCGCCGAAGGAAUUGACGGGAAUAGGGAUAAGGGAAGGUCAACGGGAGGGUAGAAUCGUCGCCGCCGCCGCCAGCCUUAACCUUAACCCGCGGCAGCAUCCACCAAUUGCGCUGGAGGUCGCCCGUGACGUCACGGGGGUGCGUACGACGGUAGCACCAAGUUUACUGCCAUCCACUACUGCAGCCAGCCGACUAGAGGUGUACACUCUCACACUCACUCAUCCACCGACCAUGGGACUAGUGAGAACCCCAGCAGGACUAGUGCCAGCAGGAAACCAACUACCACCAGAAGAAGUUAACGGUUCAAAUAUUUUAUUACAAGAUAAUAACGUUGAAGUGUGGAAAGAAGCUUUACCAUAUCAAUUAGUAAUCGGAAUAAUAAUUUUCGUGAUGGCUUUAGUUCUUUUCGCGGCUGUUAGUUAUCAAUGUGCCGCGACGUGGAGAUGGAUUUUAGAUAGAACUUGUCGGGAUCCUUUCGAAGGCGAAGAUGGGCUCUCGUCGUCGAAACAACCCGCCAUUCAAAUCAGUCAUUCUUUACCCGAUUUGCAAACGGAACCAUUAAAACAAGAAUACGUUCAAGAUCAUAAAGAAGCAGCAAAAAAGGUCCUCAGACAGACGACUUUACCAAUAGUUCCGACGAGACAUCAAACAUUCCAAAGGCAGCUAUCUCAUCGGCUGGAAAUGCCGGCAACAAUUCAAUUCAGUAUAUGCAGUCUUGAACACAAAAACGAUUCGAGUAUUAUUGGGUUAAUAAAGCCGGAGCUUUACAAAAAAGAUUUAGUUCGACAAGCUUCCACGGAAAGCGGAGGUCCCGAUAUGGAAUAUUGCGGAAAAUUGCAUUUCGCACUCCGAUAUGAUAAAGAUGUUGAAGGACUCGUUGUUAAAGUUCUUGAAUCCCGGGACUUACCUAUAAAGGAUGUAUCUGGCAGCAGCGAUCCAUACAUUAAAAUUUAUCUUCUCCCGGAUCGCAAGAAGAAGUUUCAGACAAAGGUUCACCGUAAGAAUCUUAAUCCCGUUUUCAAUGAAACAUUUAUCUUUAGCGUUUCUUACGAUGACUUAAAACAACGUUACAUCCAGUUUUCAGUCUACGAUUUUGAUAGAUUUUCAAGACAUGAUCUCAUUGGGCAUGUUGUUCUUAAAGGAUUAUUAGACAAUACUGAUUUACAACAAGAAAUUGAGUACACAAUGAAUAUUCUUUGUCCACCUCAGGAUAAAGUUGAUUUGGGGGAAAUAAUGUUAUCAUUGUGUUAUUUACCAACUGCUGGAAGAUUAACAUUAACCGUAGUGAAGGGACGAAAUUUAAAAGCAAUGGAUAUCACUGGCAAAUCAGACCCUUACGUAAAAGUAUAUCUUUUAUGCCAAGGAAAACGAAUAAAAAAGAAAAAAACCUCUGUGAUGAAAAACACUUUAUCUCCAGUUUAUAAUGAGGCGAUGGUCUUUGAUGUUCCCGCUGAAAAUAUAGAGGAUGUCAGUAUAAUUAUUAAAGUUUUCGAUUACGAUCGAAUUGGUUCUAAUGAGCUAAUGGGUUGUACAGCAAUCGGGUCGAGUUUUAUUGGGAUAGGAAGAGAACAUUGGAUGGAGAUGUUGGAUAAUCCAAGGAGGAAUGUUGCCCAAUGGUACCCUUUAAUGGAAUCUAUACCGGGAUUCAUCCCACAAACUAAUUCAAAUCAAUUGAGAUUAAGUUGCAUUAAUGCCAGGUGAAAGAAAAUUCGCAAAAAUAAAAAGGAAGCGACGUGAAUAAAGAAUCGUUAAAUAAAGGAGUUAUAAAGAAAAAGAUUUUGGAAGAUUUCGAAUAAAAAUAUAAAAAAAUCAAUGUUAAAACUUAUAAAGUAACAUGUAUUCGAAAAGAGUUUGUAUUAUCAUUAUAAUUUAAGAUUUUCUGUGUACAUAACCUAAUUAAUUUCCAAAGUUAUGCAACCAAACAUGCUUAAUUGUAUCAUUGGUUGCAUUUGACAUACACAUUUUAAUUUAAUCUUUCUUUAAAUUAAAUUAAAUAGCAAAAUAAGAAACAACACCUUUAAAACAACCCUCCAACUGUUUAUUUUUAUUCAUCAUACACCUAACUAUCCUUAAAACAAUUUAAUCUCCUCAAAAUACCUCUCCAAUUAGCACAAUCAAAUUUAAAGACACAAGUUGGAUUGUUUAUUAGGUGUUAUUUCUUUUUAUCGAUAUAUUUAAUAGUGAUAAGAUGUACUAACUUCUGUGUUAGAUGUCAAAAAAAAUGAGGAAAUGUUAAGCUCAAAGUGAUCGCGCAAUACUAAUUGAAAUAAAAAUUGAGUGAAAAUUGAAGUAGUUUUGAAGAAAAAUUAAAUAAAAUAAGUGUAAUAUUAUAAGAAAACUUUAAAAACAUGGUAACAAUAAUGUAGGAUGUAUAAAAAAGAAAAUGAUGGUUGUUUAUUAAAUUCUAAACAAUUCUGUACUAAAAAGAAAAAUAAAUACACAUUUACAUAAAAAUAUAAUUGAAGAGAAGAUAUUUUUGUAUAUUUGUUUUAAGACUAUUUUACGAUUCUAAGGUGUGGAUUUAGCACACCAACUACAUGUUAACUGGAACUCAAAUAUUUAUUUUAUUGUACUCUAUAAGGAUUUAAGAAUAAACAAUUUCUUUUUUGUAAAAAAAUAAGACUUAAAUGCGUAAAGAAAAUCGUUUUAAAUCGUAUCGUAAUGAAAAGAAGAUCUGUUUAGUAGCAUUUUUAUGUAUGGUGAUUGUUACAAUAAACUUUAAAAACGA